CUUGGAUUUGUGCUUUUCUGUGUGUGAGAAGGGAAAACUGGCCAAAAAGAUUCUUUGGCAACAUCACACACACGCAGGUUUCCUGUCAUGGAUCAAGGGCUGAAAAGGCUGCCUUUACUAGCUGUUCUCCUAAUAUUUUGGAGAUGUGCUUUUGGGUUUCCAGGUGGGGUUUACUCAAAAACCCAUCUCCAGUGGGGUCAGGCUACAGACAGUGCUUUUGCACCCCGUUCAGUCCAGUCAUCUCAUUCGGAAUCUCCAGUGACUGGGAGCUUUUCUGUUGAUGAAGUGGGCUCUAGUUUGAUCACUGACAGAAGCCAGACUAGCAGGUCCAGGUUUUCUAAUCUACGCCAGUAUGUCAAGGGUGGUUUUUCCAGCAGCCAAAAGACAUCUCGUACCCAAACUGGCUUGGUUUCUUCAGCUUUGGCAGUGCCCCAAGAUUAACGCCAGACAAGCAGUUUGACAUCUCUUCAACCCCAGGUUUCCCCCAGUUCAAGUGUUCAUAAUAUUGCAAGCCAGUUAGGCAGUGGACAGGGUUUGCAAAACCAGUCUCCUUCCUCAUCUCAUGGCGGUUCUGGUCUACAGUUGGCAGGUGGUUUCAGCCAAAUUGGUUCUGUCCAUCGUGAAGGCAUUACCAGUGGUCUUCUGUCAUCUCCAGGUGUCCCUAGUCAGCAUACCCCAGAGUCUCAUGUAAAGCUCGGUUCUUCACCCCUAAUGGUUUCCAGCCAGGCCACCACUGAUCAAACUGAUUCCCCCAGCCUUCACACGUCUAGCACUCUGGAGAGUUCUGGCCCUUUAUUGGGAGUUUCGGGU